UCUUGUCGGCGCCACCACCUUCUUGGAAAUGAGUUGGGACAAAGGGGAGGGGGCUUAGUACCCCCGCCUCCCCCAGAAGGGCCCAUAAAAGCAGCUGAAACGGGACCCCAGACACCACAGCAAGUCCCAAACCCGACAGCGGGACACAGCCAGACAACACGAUGGCACUGAGCACACAGGUCCAGGCCGCCUGCCUCCUGCUCCUCCUCCUGGCCAGCCUGGCCAGUGGCUCAGCUCUCCGGCAAGAGACAGGACAGCUCACGGACCUCCGACCCCAGGACACAGCGGCAGCCGAGGCGGGCUUGAAGCCCGUGCUCCAGAGGCUAAGGAGGCGAGACACCCACUUCCCCAUCUGCAUGUUCUGCUGCGGCUGCUGUAAAAAAGCAAAGUGUGGGAUGUGCUGCAAGACGUAGAGCCUCCCCAGCCUGCCCCCGGACCUCCCUC